UCACAAAGUAUUAUAUUCAAUAUAUUGUUAUACUUCAUUUAAGUAAUUAUUAUGAAUUUAACAUUUAAAUAGAGUGAAAUAAAAUAAAAUUUUGCUAAAAAUUAUUAUUAUCUUAAAUUCUAAGAUGAGGAUAAUUUAUUUAACAAAAGUCUUACUACAAUUUUUGAUUUAUGUAAAAGGUCAACAACCAUGUUAUCAAACCAUGAAAAAUCCACCAAAGCCAAUAUUUGGCUCAAUGAGUCCAUAUCCAAAUGACUCAAUGAUCGAGAUACCAGAAGGAUGCAAACCAAUUCAGUUAUGGGUUUUCUCAAGACAUGGUACUCGACAUCCUGUAUUACCUGUUAUACUAAAAAUGAACUCUCUAACUCAGUAUAAAAGUUAUAUAAAUUCAACAGACAUGUGUCAAGAAGAUAAAGAUGCUCUUAAUAAAUGGCAACCAACAUUGGAUGAAUUUGAAGCAAAAGAAUUAAACAGUCAAGGAAAAGAUGACUUAAAAUCACUUGGUAAAAGAGUUAGAAAAACGUUUAUCGAGUUAUUUAAUACAUCAUAUGACUCCAGUAAUUUUCAAAUACUAUCAACUAAGAAAGCACGUUGUGUUUAUACCGCCAAAUAUUUUCUAAAUGCUUUAUUUGAUGAUAUAGUUGUCAAGGAUAUUGAUGAAAUACCAACUUAUGAAAAUAAUGAUCCUAGAUUAGACUUUUCAAUAGGAAUAUCAAGUAAACCUAAUGAUACGGUAAGGUGGGAAGAUCAAGUACAAAAAUUUAAAAAGAGCUCGCACGUACAGUCAGUUGUUCAAAGUGUAGCUCAAAAAAUGAAAUAUAGUGAUCUAGAUAUUGAAAAAGUAUUGGUUAUGCAUGACGCAUGCCAAUAUGAAAAAACGUGGCAUCUCGCAUCUCUUCCAGCUUGGUGUGCAUUUUUUUCUGAGAAGGAUCUAGAGGUUCUUGAAUAUCUUGAUGACUUACAUCGUUAUUACUUUAACAGUUAUGGUAAUUCAUAUAAUGAAAGAUUCGGUUGUCCACUAGUUAAGGAUAUGAUUGAGAACUUUAAGAAAAAAGUUGAAAGAUCAGAAGGGCCAAGAGGAGUGUUUUAUUUUGGACAUUCCUCAAAUUUAUUAAGCUUAAUUUCUCGGUUAGGAUUGUUUAAGGACACUGAACCAAUAACUGCUGAUAAUUUCGAUAAAAUGAAAAAUAGAAAGUUCAGAACUUCUUCCAUAGAUUCCUUUGCUUCAAAUAUGAUAGUUGCCCUUUAUAAAUGUGAUGAUGGUAAUUACAAAGUAUCUUUUUAUGAAAAUGAAAAACCUGUCAAAAUUGGAGGUGACCAUGGAUGUUAUGACUGCCUAUGGAAAGAUCUUGAACAACACUUAGUUCCGAUUACUUCUGACAAAAAAUGUACAUUUGAAGAUUCUCAAUCGAAUUCUGCAAAUUUCAGUUAUAUAGAAUUUUAUUUACUUCUACUAUGUGUUUAUAUAACAUUUAUGAAAUAAUUUUCAAUCAUUAACAAACCAAAACUGUUUGUCAAUAAUUAAGCAACUCAAGUUUUUUACUGAUUAUUCUAUUCUUUAAUGAAUAUAAAACAUGUUUUAAAAAGUUUUACAAAUAAUUUUCUUUUAACAAUUUCU